AACCGAGGAUGGCGAGCACCUUGGCUCCAAGCAUUGCAACGCCAUUGCCUGCCCAGGACGGAAUUCUAACUCUGACCCUUGCAUCGCCAUAGCUAGGUUGGUUCUCCAUCGCCGCGCGUGGGCUUGCGAUUUGGUGGUGUUGUACUGGCAGUGGUAGUGGGAUCGGACUUAGACUCGAAUACUCGGAGCAAAGUGAUGCGCGAGUGAGCGUCAGGGGCGGAACAGAGGGAGAGGAGAGCGAAGGAGACGUAGAAAUUGGCUAUGGCGGAGGCAUGGUGCGCCACCUGCUGUCCGCCUGCUUUUCGGCCUGCCCUCUUUGCAAUGCCGACUUGCAACGGCGCGAUGAAAUUCUCCGCAGUGUAUUCCGAUAGCUCCCUGCGGAUUCGGUCCUGUCGCAGCAGUGUGGCAGUGCAAUCCAGCCGUCGUUACUCGGACCCGCGUGGCUGUUGCUCCUCUGCUUCCACACCGGAAUCUGAUGAUUCUGAUUCAUGUAGUGUCGAGUCGCAUUUGACUAGCCGGCGACAGCUUCUCCUUCUCGUGUCCGGCGCGGCUGUGACUGCAGCUGCUUUGCCUUCUUACGCUGAUGAGGAGACUGGCACAUCGGGUGUUGACACAACAAUUACGGAUCGUGUCUACCUUGAUAUUAUGGAAUGUCCUAGCUUAGCGAGGGCCGAUCGAACUCUUGGCAAUACGUCGCUGAUCUGCACCGAUGGUGAAGACUUGGGGCGUAUCGUCAUUGGCUUGUACGGUAAGCAGGUACCGCAGACAGUGAAGAACUUCAAAGCCAUGUGUACAGGAGAGGCGGGUUCUUCGUAUGAAGGAACCAUUUUCAAUCGAGUUUUACAAGGCCAGUACAUUCAAGGAGGCCGACAAGGUGCAAAGGACAAAGGAGAAACGUCACCUCCAACUAAGUUAGAACGAAAUGAGGAGGUCGUUCGUGGUAGUUCUUUCAAAUUAAGGCAUCUGAGACCUGGCACGGUCUCCCUUUGCCUAUCAGAAAAUGACGACGAAGAAGCGAUCAAACUUAAUACAGACUACCGGAACGUGGAGUUUUUAAUAACUACAGGCCCCGGACCUGCCCCUCAGCUGGACAACGGGAACAUCGUUUUUGGUACUGUACUUGAAGGUAUGGAUGUGGUGGCUGCGGUAUCAACGGUGCCUACAUACAAACCAAGUGAUCGAAUUCAACAGUUCAAUAGUUUUGCACAGCUGCUGGGGGACGACCGUGCUGCCAGUGCUCGUGCUAAUUGGGACAAGCCCCUGAAAUCCGUUGUUAUAAAGAAAUGUGGUCUUUUGAACGUUGCAAGACCGCAUAUACCCCCUAGUCUGCCAUGACUGCAAAAGCUUUCAUGUAAGACUUCAGUUUUAGCUCUUGAGGAUUUGUUACUUUCGUGUCCGAUAAGCAAUAGUUAUGAAAGAUUGAGCUAGUGAAAUGUAAUUAGAUUUAGACGAAUAAAAUUUGUUUUUCUUUUGUCGCAGUC